AUGGCGCUUCGAAAGCAGGGCGCGGCUGGCAAGAAAGGGCGCAAAGAAAAGAGCUUCGUGGCAUCCCGGAGCUCGAACGGGCCACGCGCCGCUUCCGAGUGUUCCACGCACAAGGAGACGGACGCGCACAUCGUUGCAGCCGCCCGCGCAGCGGGCUUCCUGACGGCCGUAUCCGCGUCUGGCAUUCUGGCGCACGUGGAAGAGCUCAUGUGCGCUGAGCCCCUCAGCCAGCGGCACCGAUUCCUCGCCAUAGUGGCGGCCCACAUGCCCGACCUCAAGAUUGUCGUCCACGACGACGCGCGCCGCCUGCGCCUCGUGGCGGAGAAGAGCGGGGAGGGCACCGCCGUGGCUGCGCGGCCAACAGCCUUGUUGAGCAAGUUCCCCACAAACAUCUGCGAAAUCAUGAACAGCGAGUUGUCCCCGCUGGGCCACGUGGUCCACCACGUGGGCCGGUGGGCCUCCCAGUUCUACGUGCAAGAGAUGGUGGACGCGUCGAACAUGAAGACGCUGGGGCGCAUGAGGGGCGCCCAGGCCACUGCCGCCAGGAAGGUUGCUCGGGCGAGCGAGGCCGCCUCGGCCUCGGCCGAGAAGAAGCCGUCAUGCUCGCGACGCGACCGCGCCGUCACGCACUGCGCGGCCAUGGCAGGGAAGAACACGGAGAGUCUGUCCCAGAAGCAGGUGAAGAAACUCUUUGCGAGGGCGAUGGCUCGCGUCGCCAGUGAGUUCAGCCCGGCGGAGCACCUCCCCCCUAAGGUGCGCGAGUUCUUGGAGCCCAUCGUUAACACAACGUGCCAAGGGUAUUGCACGAGCGCCUUGAUGGUUGGAGGCCCCAUGGCGGCUCUUACAAAUGGCGCCGCCGUCAAGAUAUGGAGCCAGAAGCCCACUCCAUUAAUUGCACCAGUGUUCCAGAUAGGGAACGCACAGGCGGGGAAGAGCCAGCUUUUCAGUGUGUGCGAGGAGAUCUUCGACACGUGCGACGACGUCAUUGGCGAGCACGUCGACUCCUUCAAUUUCACGGAAUUCUUUUACCGGUGCUCCAGCGGACUUCCCCUCGUUGAUUUUUCGGAGGGCGACGGGCGGGUUGCCGAGUUCAGGCAAUCAGAUGUGCGGGGCGGCAGGGCGUUCAAUCUAGACGAGGCGUACGAGUUCUGGGACGGCCUCGGCCUUCUCGCUACCGGCCGCGGAGGAGGAGGUGGAGGAGGAGGAGAGAAGGAUCGGGCGCCGACGGUCCACGCGUCCACCUUGAACACUUUCAUCGCGAGUGGCAAGACGAGACGGGCAACUCGCACAAGCGCGACCUUUGGCGAGUCUCGCGGCAAACGCGUCUCGGUGUCUCUGCUCGGCAACGGACAUCCUGGGAAAUUCAUAGCCAUGGACAGGGGGAUCGUGGGUAACCACACGGCGUGCACUAAGGAGCGCUUCGUCGCCUGCAUUGACCAGGCCGCUGCGCGCCACGCUGCGCUGCCCGCGGGGAGUCGCCUCCCGCGCGGCGUCUCCGCGUGGGCGUGGCUGCCGCUCGCCCCCCAGCAGGCGCAGACGUUCAACUGGGAGACAUACCUUGACGCCCCUGAGGCCGCGGCCCAGUAUUUGGAGAGGGACACCGAGACGGGCGAGGCGUCGGCAGCAAAUUCCCAGGCUCGCAGUUUCGUGGGCCCGGCUGGCGGAUACAAGGUGGAGUUCCCAGAUGGCGAGGAGUCCCGGUUGCGAUACCUGCGGGUUACCCCGUCCGACGUAGGCGACGCGCAGUUGCGGACCGAGUUCCGAAUUUCUAACAGGGGGGACCUGCCGGACCCCACGGGCCACAUCCAAGCGGGGGCCAGGAGGGUUGCAGAGCUUUUCGCCAAGAAGCCGCAGGCGAUCUUGCCGUUCGAGGAGGGGGCGCGCAAUAUCAUGACGGGCAACCAAGUGGCACAGAGCAUCCGCGCGCAGUUGCGAGGAGACGACGAUCCUACUUUGGCUGCGCUGGAGGCCAACGCCGCGGGCCAGCAGGGCGUUCAGGCUGCUCUCGUUGCCGUGCUGGAUUACUCUGGAGGCGGGGGCACCUUGGACGCGGCCUCGGGGUUGCCGCUCAUCACCACCCAGCACGUCCAGUGCGCCAGGCGCAUGCUCGACAUCAGCAUUGCCAUCCGGACCAUAUGGCGAGCUGCUCUGGACGAAGACGGCGACGCUGCCGACGGCGAGAGCGACGGCGACAACGAGCCAGGGCGUUUGGCGCGCCCUGUUCGGGGUCACUAUCACCCUCAUGCGUACGCCGCGCCGCUCUCCACGCAGGUGCCAGCUUGCCCGGCGGCGCCCCAGGGCCCGGUUCCCGCUGGCGGCCUGGUGGCUGACGUUGCGCGCCCUGCCGCGCGGGCUGGCGGCGGCAAUGUCGACGUCUCGCAGCCCGCCAGUCCGGGCGCCGCGGAGAGCGAUCUGGCCGGUGCCCCCCCGACAGGAGGCGAGGCGCCGGGCUCGGGCGAGCGCGCGCUGACGUUCGCGGACUUGGCGGGCGAGGCGCAAUUCGACAAUCAGGGCCUUGGCGAAGGGGGGGCCAUGGUUUUCACGAAGGCAGCUUUCAAGGACAGAGAGCUCAUCCGUCGUGUGCUCCUGACCGGGAAAAGCCAGAUUUCCGUGGACGCCUGCGUCGACCUCUACAGCGUGGCCGUGUUGGACCAAGAGGCCCCCGCAAAGCGGAAGAGGCGAGCGCGCCCGUCCAAGCCCGAAGCGGUGGCGGUGCUUAAGGCGGCCUUCGAGCAGUUCCCGCGCCUGGGGGAGUGCCAGGAGCAGAACGGCGAGGUGUUUCUCAAGGGCUGGCCCGACUCAGAACUUGGGAGGGCGCUCUUCCACAACGAGCUCAUGCGCUGCUGCCGCGUGUCACUGAGGCAGCUGUCACAGAAGCGCGCCCAGUUCCACGAGGGGCGCCCGCAGCUCGCUGACGCGACGCCGAGCCGCGCGGCCGGCCCCCCCGCGCAGCCCCCGCCUUCGCGCGGCGCCCGGGCGAGUGACGCCGGCGCUGCCCCUGACGCCCAGUGCUUCUGGCGCCGCGGAGCCGUUCCGAGCACGCCGCCUGGCGGCUUGCAUUAG